AUGGCGCCCCAACAGGUGGGGAGCGGGAGCAGAGUGGCGGCUGAGCUGUUUGAACGAAGCGGUGGUCGCUGUGAGGACAAGAAGCAGCAAUCAUCCCCACCCUCCCCCUCCUCUCGCCCCCAGACCCUGUUGGCGCUGCUGAUCUUGGUGCUGUACAUGGGCGCGGGGAUAUCAGGAAGAAGCUGGGAUGUGUCAGAAAGGAUCAGACAGUGUAGCUGCCCCCAACAUCCUGUGGCUUCCCAGGGGUUCGAACACCAGGCCAGUGGCCCCAUGAAAGAGCCGAUAAGGGUCAUCAGGACCUGGUUGAAGGAGAACGUGCAAGUUUUCCUGGAAAAGCUGGAGAGCGAGGUGUGCAAGAUGGAGCAGCUGGUGCGGGACCUGGAGGAGUGGCUGGAUCUCCUCCUGGGGGAGGGGCAGCCCCAGGGGCCCUGCUGCACCCACAGAAAUCACAUGUAGGAAGCCAGGGCUGGGACCUGGGGAGAGAGGCCAAGGACAUGGGGGAGAGGCUUGCCAGGGGCUCCUCCAAGUAGGGCGAAGCCCU